GGCCUUGCUAUGAAACUGGAAUUAUCGGAUGGUAACGAGGAAGAAACCUCUGAUGAUAUAAAAGUAAAAGUGUGGACAGAACGAACUAAAACAUGGCUCGAACCCCCAAUACUGGUACAAAAACAUGAGCUGACAAGGUGGAACGGAGAGUUUGAGUUUGAAGACGGAGAGUUGUGGUUACAGGAUGGGUUUUGUGAGAAUUGGAACGAAGUUAACGAUUGUGUUUCUCUGUUAAAGGGGCUGGAAGUAGAUGUGACGUUUGAUAACAUCAAAGUUUUGACCACAUUUGGAUUACAAUUCAGCAUAGAUCCGCUACUAGAAGAAAUAGGAAAGUGGUUUAAAAGCAUUCUCAAUACUGAUAACUUUGGGAAAACGGUAAAUAUGAUUCACAAGCUAAAAAAGCUCGGAUUUUCCGAGGAACAAUUGACAAGCAAAAUUUCAUUAACUCCAGCUGUAAUGGAAUUUGUAAACAAUUCAAGUAGGGAGGAUUUUGCUAACUUAUUGACUGCAGAAUUCAAUGAACUGGACAUGGUCAUUCUGAAAGCUUUGUUCAGGGGCGAAAACAAUCAUUUUGAUAUUUUAUUGAAUACAUCGGCUGAGACAAUGAAGACAGAGGAAGAAUGUCAAAUUAUUCUUGAUCUCCUUCAAGUGAUGCUGUCGUAUGUGCACCCAGAAAUUCUGUGCGUUUUUUCCUUCGAAGUUGACAAUGUAAUUGAGAAAAUGAAGUUCAUUUCUUCAAACAAUGAGGGGCUGCUGCUAUCUGCAUUCAAAUUUCUAGCUCACCUAAAUAAGCUGAAGUCUGAUGGGCUUGGGACUCCCAGGUGCGUGUCUCUGGGGGUGUUACAACGCACCCGAUGUUGGAGGAAGUACUCACUGAAGCAGUUACAAUCUCUGAAAGAUAACGAGAAUAUUAGAUCCUGGCAUUUGGCGGAGAUUGUGUUGGACUGGAUUGAACAGACGGAUCCACCAAGAGGAACAGUCUGUGAACUUCAUGAUUUAGUGCUUCUUAAAUUGGAUAAUGAUGUUAGCAGAUCACCCUAUCCCCAAUAUUAUCGGUAUCGGUACACCAUUGAUGCAGAUUUCAAGCGGUUGUCCCUCAGAGUUGAGCGCUUUGUUAUGGUGCUGUUCAAUUUCUUUACAGAUGGAAUGUAAAUAUUUCCGCACGCAAGGAGGAUAUUAAAGGUCUCGUUGAUUCUUGUAAGGUCCCUGUUAAGGUUAAAGCUUACAAUAGUGAACUUAGCAUAAUCCGUAUUUUACCAUUCUGUUAUUGUGAUCUUCAGUUGGUAAAUAAUUGCAGUGGAAUGGGAACGUUAAACAUAAAAAACUCCUGCUGGAAUACAGAUUAUCGUAUUCAACACUGGUUCAUUAGGGCACAAUAUGAUGACGUAGAAAAACCGUUCUACUCUGUUUUUACACAUACUUACAGUGAGAUUGUUGAUUUUUUGAACAAGCGGUACGAACAGUCACCUAAAGAUUUAUUCAGUCGCUUUUCUAGAUCAUUAGUGUAUUACCUAUUUGGAUGGAGCCCUAUUACUCUUUGUACAUUAAAUUAUGAUUGACCACAAUUCAAACUGUUUUCUCUGGCUUUCAAGUUUUUUUAAAGUUUCUGUUCUGUAUUUACUAAGAAUUUUGUUCGUUCUUAUUCGAUCUGGGGUAAGCUGAUGAAAUUGAAUGAGACGCAUUUUUAAAUAUUUUCUUUCGUCCAUUUUAAAUCUUAUGUUUUGCGUCUUGGUAAAAAGGUUCGGUAUACUUUUUGAUUCCGGUUUUAGAAUUUUGGUUUAACUUAAUUAUUCAUUGAUAACCUUUUAAUCUGACGUGUUGUUUCGAAUCGACCGAUUAUCAUUUCUAGUGCUCUCAACGAGUUUUUACUUUUAUCAAAUGUAGCAUUUUGGAAUAUUUCGAACUAUUGCAGUUCAAAAAUGUAUUUAUAUUUUUGUUAAGCAUUUUUACUACGUAUAGUAUGAAAUAUUUCUGUUGAUAAUAUGAACUAUUCCUUGUGAUACCUUUUUUCAUGACUCAUGAGGUCAUUAAGUUAGUUUCUGUAGUCGAUCUGAAUUUUUUUAUCUCAUAAUUGUUUAUUGAUUCUACC